CUCGCUGCGAUGCGUUAUAAAAAAUACGAAGCUUAUGCGCAUCGUAAAACUUGUAACGGAUGUUCACAUUACAAGAUCCGAUCUUUUGGCGAAGUUCGAGUAUUUUCCUUUAGCACAGCACAAAAGGUACAAGGUGUUUCGUUUGGCUUGUUGUUUCUACUCGAAACGCGUACAUUCCUUUACUUUACGGGGUUUCUGUUUCAGUAAAAGAAAAUCAUUUUCUGUACCUAUUUUUCUAUCUUUUAAAAUUGGUCACUGAACCCCGUUAUAGAUCAGUCAAAGCUUGACUGUAUUUUUUUCACAUAAAUAUUUCACUCUUUUUAUAUUGUCGUUCGUUUUUUUAUGCUUCUGGAUAUUAUAGAAUCCACUUGAUCUAGGUUUUUUAUAUUAGCCAACCGCAUAAUAUUAAUUUGGAUACCCGUUCAUGCUUGGAUCUAGCAAUCCUAAAUAGAUCUUCGUUCUUUUUCUGAUUAUUUUCAUUCUUUUUUUUAUUUACAUUCUUUUUAUAUAGACGUUCUAGCGUUUCAUUGGGCGUUAAGUUACCUAACAUUAAGUUGAUUGUCGAGUAUCUUCUGGUUGCGGUACUAUGAAAUCGUUUUAUUACCGAUCGCUCGUCGUGCGGUUUUUACAAAUCAUUGUACUAUUUAAUAUAGGGAAUCGCCUGGUCUAUGCAGAUUUGAAUAGUCAGUUUGGAUGCUACCAGGUUGAUGAUAGUUUAAGUGUGAAAGGCAGUUACCAAUACCUUACUCCUCAGUAUUGUUAUGAUCAUUUAUGUAAUGACGAUCCUAAUGUCGCUUUUGUUGCCAUACGCGGAAAAAAUUGCUAUUGCGGUAAUACGCUAACAGCCAAAACGGUCGAUUCCAGCAGUUGUAACGAGCCUUGCCCUGGUUUUGGUAACUUGAAGUGUGGUGGUGACCUCUAUUGGUCAGUUUACUUGACCGGUAAUGGUAUUUUGCAUACAUCGUCUUCUCAGAGUUCUUCGGCUACUUCUUCCACUCAAUCAUCAUCUACACAGAGUUCCUCUACGCCGUCGUCUACGACGAGUUCAACAUCAAGUUCUCGACCGUCUUCUUCCUCCCAUCCCCCAUCUUCAAGCCAUUCAUCCUAUAAUAGUUCAUCGUCCAGUUCAUCAUCGUCCCAUACACCAACUACGUUUGCGUCGUCCUAUGUGAGAACAGUAACUCCUAGUCCCACAAGCUCUUCGUCAUCUGCAGCUGGCUCACCAAACGGGAAUCAGAGCUCGAAAUCAAAUAACUCAUUAAAUGCUGGCGCAAUUGUUGGUAUUGUGAUCGGUUGUGUUGCUUUUGCAGUGGUAAUUGCUUUAUGUGUUUGCUUAUACUUUUGGUAUAGAAAGUUUAAGGCAAAGAUGAAUGCUAAGGAUGAUAUUACUUUCCCCUCCUAUAAAAGUGAAUUGGACUCUCGUCUUGAUCCUGGCAUGCUGAACAACCGCAACUCCAGUGAAUCGUUGGCAGAUAGUCAAGACUAUUCAAGAAGAAUUUUAAGGGUUAUGAAUUAGAAGAAGUAUUAUUGUAUGAAUCUUUUACGUCACCAUAUUUGGAGACAACCUUCUAUACUUACUCAGAUGUUUUCAUGUGAGAUUAUUUUCCUUUACAUAAAGAAAAAAAUGCGUGUCUUAUUUCUCGCUUUGAUAUUUAUUUAUUAAUUUACUUCCUUGGUUUAUACUUUUUUUUUAUAGGUUUCUUUUCGGCUUGAAAUCUUUCUUUUUAUUUCGUUUUACUUAAUUUCUUAUUUUUUUUUUAGUUCUGACGGAUUUUUACAUUUUUCUUCUUCGAUUCUUCACCCUUGUGGGAAGAACAUUUCCAAAUAUUCUGAGGAUGCUCUUUGAGCACACCCGAGUCGCAAACAAUCUGCAGACAUGUAAAAGAGUACAAUCAUUCCUGCAGAACAUAAUUGAAUGGUUUUGUACUUUAGCUGCUAAAUCGUUUAAACGUUGCUUGUCUUUAAUAAUGGUUGAGCAAAGAAAAUAUUAAAUCAGUCCCCUUAGAUGUCUUUUCCUUUUUAUAUCACUAGAUCUACUUUUUUUUUUAAAUCCAAUGGAUGAUACACGACCUCUGGAAGCAAUGGCUUACUGUGAACUCUGGUGCUGAUUAGGAUGCUGAAGGGAGUCCUUACGUGAUAUUUUUAAUUAGACCCUCAAUGUAGUCCCUGGUUGGAUAAAGGACUGUGUAAUAGAUCCCUGGCUGUGAAACCAUAUCAUCUCUUUCUUUAGGCCACAGUCAACAAGUCCCGGCGAAAUCUGUUCUUUUGUUUCUCCUUUGGUUGUAUCCUGAAAUUAAUUCACUCUUUCAAUUGCUUUAUAAUAGGUUAUUCCCCUACUUUCUUGGUUUUAAUGAAUUGAAUUUUCCAAUUCAAAGAUACAAAAGUAGUACACCUCUAUUUUAAACCCUUUCCCAACCUUUUCAUUUUUAACAGGCUGAAUCUAUCUAUAUAUACAAAUUAUAUCUUUUGUUCGACCCUUCCUCUUGUCUCAUGAAAGCUCCUAGAUCUAGUACAAUUAGAAAUGGAUUGAAACAUUUGUAUUAUCUUCAUUUCGCCGUAAUGACAAAAACAUCGCUUUUUUGAGUAUUGUCAAACGUUUGACACACUUACAUUCUCCUCUUCUACUCUCUAAAACGUUUUUGAACUUUCUCUUGACUAGAUAUGCUUAUACAGUGUGUAUCCAUUGUCAAAGCUUCCUCUGUUUGAUAUUCCUUUAUGAUCAUAUGCUUAUUUGGAUAUCCUUAUAUGUUUAUAUACCGUUGAACGUCAAUUUCGUUGCUGUGAAAGAUGACGUCAGGUUUCACAUGAGAUAUAUAUGUACAUAUCCUCUUCAAUACACUGGCUAAUAUUUGCAUAUCGACUUUUACAUGAAGUAUCUGUUGAGUUAAUCUUAUACCAAUUAAGCCGUGAAAUUCAGAUUCAGAUUUAUAUUUAUUAUUGGAU